AUCCGCCUUCAUUACUUCAACGCCGCACACCUUGGAUUACAGAGUAGAUAAUUAUUUCUUCGCAACCCCUCCAAACCCGGCGCCCUACCCAUCAAGAUCAUAAUCAUCUAGAACACCCCAUUCGAGACGCAUCACCAUGUCGCGAAACGCGCCCGCCGGCGGGCGCGCCGUGGCCAGCAACGGCACCACCGUAACCACGUCCUCCUCCCUCCCUGCCAUCAGCACCGAAGACAUGUGCCCCGUCUGCAAAACCAUCCGCUACCUCAAUAAAGACAUGGAGUUUCUCAUCAACCCCGAGUGCUACCACUCCAUGUGCGUCAACUGCGUCAAUCGCCUCUUCAACGACGGGCCCAACCAGUGCCCCUACGCCGGCUGCCACAAGACGCUGCGCCGCAAGGGAUUCAGGUCCGCCUUCUUUGGCGACCUGACUGUCGAGCGCGAGGUCGAUAUCCGCCGGCGCGUCGCGGCCGUGUUCAACCAGGUUGAGGACGAUUUCGAGACGCUCAAGGAUUACAACAACUACCUGCAGAUGGUGGAGGACCUGACGUUUGACCUCGUGUCGGGGACGGACGCCCAGCGGCGCGCGGCCGAGGCGACGCUGCAGCAGUGGGAGCUAGAGCACAAGGCGGAUAUCGAGCGCAACCGGAAGGCCGGGAAGGAGGCAGACGAGCAGUCGCGGCGGCGGCUGGCGGCGGAGAGGGAGGCUGCGCGGCAGCGGCGGGUGGAGGCGCUGCGCGAGGCAGAGGAAGAGAAGCUCGAGCGGGCGCGCAGUCGCGAAGCGGAGCUGGAUAGUCUGGCCCAGGGCGACGUGGGCACGGGCGCGCAACGAGUGCAGCUCAAGAGGAGAGGACAAGCGGCCGCGAACCGGGCGGUGGAGGCGGCGGUCAACGCGGCUGUGACCGCCGCGGAUGUUGGGCGGCUGUCGAUUCGCGGGCUGAAGGAGAAGAAGAAGGCGCCGGCGCCGGAGGGACCGUACGACCCGUUUGGUGGGAUGGACUUCGUCCCGAGCAGGUACAAGCUGCGGGCGGGGCUUACACACCCUGGGGUCGAAAAGUACAAGCACGAUCCGGCGCACGUCACGGGGGGGUACAGCUUUGAUGAGUACGCGACCAGGGCCAUGUUCGAGGCUUUUGCCGGGCUGGGGGUCUUCAUAGAGGACGAGAAGGAGGUGGGCAUUGGGCUCUCGGCCGGAGAGGUUGCCACUAUCAGUGCUGGCAUUGCUGCCGUGGGCUGUAAGAUGGAGUUGGACUAAGCCUUUGGGAUUUGGUCUUGCUUGCUGGCCUUCAAGUUUGACAUUGACGUGCAUAGCGUUGGCGUUCUGGAUGGGACAUGGGACACGGGACACGGGACACGGGGAUGUCGGAAACUGGGCCCACGGGCAGCCUUUUACUGACCUUUUAUAGAUUCAGGGUGGCAACCCAUAUGCCUUUUCCUCAGGGGACAUUGGGUUGGAGUUAAUCCAAGGAACUGGCUAUCAUGGCCAAGGAGCCAACUUCCAAAACAUGCGUGAUACAAAAAAGGUAUUAUAAUUUAGAACGACUUAAGCUGGCCAAAUCAUACCGU